AUGCCCCCCACUCCAGCCCCCCAACAGCCCAAGCGCCCUCAGCCCCCAGAGCAACACGUCGUCUGCUCCAGCCCACCCCCACUCCAGCCCAAGCCCCCUCAGGCCACAGAGCAACACGUCGUCUGCUCCAGCCCACCCCCACAACAGCCCAAGCCCCCUCAUGUCCCAGAGCAACACGUCGUCUGCUCCAGCCCACCCCCACAACAGCCCAAGCCCCCUCAGGCCCAACAGCAACACGUCGUCUGCUCCAGCCCACCCCCACAACAGCCCAAGCCCCCUCAUGUCCCAGAGCAACACGUCGUCUGCUCCAGCCCACCCCCACUCCAGCCCAAGCCCCCUCAGGCCCCACAGCAACACGUCGUCUGCUCCAGCCCACCCCCACUCCAGCCCAAGCCCCCUCAGGCCCCACAGCAACACGUCGUCUGCUCCAGCCCACCCCCACUCCAGCCCAAGCCCCCUCAGGCCCCACAGCAACACGUCGUCUGCUCCAGCCCACCCCCACUCCAGCCCAAGCCCCCUCAGGCCCCACAGCAACACGUCGUCUGCUCCAGCCCACCCCCACAACAGCCCAAGCCCCCUCAGGCCCCACAGCAACACGUCAUCUGCUCCAGCCCACCCCCACUCCAGCCCAAGCCCCUUCAGGCCCCACAGCAACACGUCGUCUGCUCCAGCCCACCCCCACUCCAGCCCAAGCCCCCUCAGGCCCAACAGCAACACGUUGUCUGCUCCAGCCCACCCCCACAACAGCCCAAGCCCCCUCAUGUCCCAGAGCAACACGUCGUCUGCUCCAGCCCACCCCCACUCCAGCCCAAGCCCCCUCAGGCCCCACAGCAACACGUCGUCUGCUCCAGCCCGCCCCCACUCCAGCCCAAGCCCCCUCAGGCCCCACAGCAACACGUCGUCUGCUCCAGCCCACCCCCACUCCAGCCCAAGCCCCCUCAGGCCCCACAGCAACACGUCGUCUGCUCCAGCCCACCCCCACUCCAGCCCAAGCCCCCUCAUGUCCCAGAGCAACAUGUCAUCUGCUCCAGCCCACCCCCACAACAGCCCAAGCCCCCUCAUGUUCCAGAGCAAUGA